CCCUGCACCACUCGCCGCAGCUCUCCCGAUGCCACCCGUUCCAGGGAGGCUGCUUGGUUUGGGAAGGUAUUCCGCAGGGGUCGCCCCCUCCCUUGGGGCGCAGCUGAGGACUGCGAGGUGCGUCCGAGGGCCGAAAAGCUGAGAUCGAUUUUGAGUUCAAGGAUCAAGUCUGCCCUCAAACCAUUUUACAGAUCGGGAAAUCCGAGACGCAGAGAAGGGACACUCCCGCCCAAGGGCCCCCUAGCCGAGAGAAGCCCGGGCCAGGGCUUUCUUCGCGUCUGUGGGAAUGCAGGCGCCCGCCCUUGGGGGGCACAGUGCAUACGGGAGCUGGGGCCGAAACCGCAGCACUAACUGUGCUGUCUAGGGCAUCGAGACGACACUAGGGCGCUGGAUUCCUUACUGCCUCAGUUUCCCCAGCACCACCUUUGUUGAGGAAACGGAGGUGGGGAUACUGGCCGAACGUGCGCCUGCUGAGACACAGUCCGACUGCAUUUAGACGCCCGCAUCUCUCCAAAUCUGAUCGAGGCUCCUUUUUUCAAGAACCCGCUGUCUCCCAGCCCUUUAAAGUCCGGUCCUGCCGUUCGAGUCUCUCGGCGUUCCAUUGGAAAGACUCGGGGCUCCAGCUCCCUUCUCUAGAAUGAACUGCUCUGACUGCCGCCCAGCUUUCCCGGAGCGUUAACUACGCAGGCGCAAGGGCAGCCAACCCAGUAAAUGGAAGAGCUGGGUGCCGAACACGCUGGGCGGGUCAGGGGCGGCGAGCGUGCUAACCAAUGACUUGAGGGAGUAGGGGGUCGGGUUUGGGCCCUCAGUUGCUAAGCGCUACCCGAGUGGGAAGUGGUUCAAGAGAUGGGGUGAAGGGUGGUUCACCGGCUCUUCAAGUCACCAGCCUUCUCGCCCGCGGAAGUUAAGCAACCGAGAGGUGGGCCUAAGACCGGAAGCAGGAAGGAGGGCGCAGGAAGCAGGGCGCUGCAGGCUGUCGUACGGUCCUUCCGUGGAUCUGUUGGUGCCGAGGGCAGGAUGGAGAAGCUGCGGCUCCUGGGCCUCCGCUACCAGGAGUACGUGACUCGUCACCCGGCCGCCACGGCCCAGCUGGAGACGGCAGUGCGGGGCCUCAGUUACCUGCUGGCAGGUCGAUUCGCCGAUUCGCACGAGCUGUCAGAGCUGGUGUACUCCGCCUCUAACCUGCUUGUGCUGCUCAAUGAUGGGAUCCUACGGAAGGAGCUUCGGAAAAAGUUGCCUGUGUCACUGUCCCAGCAGAAGCUGCUGACAUGGCUGAGCGUGCUGGAGUGCGUGGAGGUGUUCAUGGAGAUGGGAGCUGCCAAGGUGUGGGGCGAAGUGGGCCGCUGGCUUGUCAUCGCCCUCAUCCAACUGGCCAACCACCUCCCCACAGCCCUGACAUACUCCCCGACCCAGGGCUGUACUGCGGAUGCUCCUGCUGCUCUGGUUCAAGGCUGGCCUCCAGACCUCACCCCCCAUCGUUCCACUGGACAGAGAGACCCAGGCACAGCCCCCGGGCUCCGCUGGAAGCAUGUCACUCUGACUGUAUGGCCUUCUGUCUAUCCCUGCUAGAUGGUGACCACAGCCAUGGCAGCCAUGAGCAGUCCUACGUGGGGAAGCGGUCAAACCGGGUGGUGCGAACCCUCCAGAACACGCCGUCCCUGCACUCCAGGCACUGGGGAGCUCCCCAGCAGCGGGAGGGAUGGCAGCAGCAGCACCACGAGGAGCUGAGUGUGACCCCCACCCCCCUAGGACUGCAGGAGACCAUCGCAGAGUUUUUGUACAUUGCCCGGCCGCUGCUGCACUUGCUUAGCCUGGGGCUGUGGGGUCAGAGGUCAUGGAAACCCUGGUUCUUGGCUGGUGUUGUGGAUGUGACCAGCCUGAGCCUCCUGAGUGACAGAAAGGGCCUGACCCGGAGGGAACGGCGGGAGCUGCGGCGCCGGACCGUCCUGCUGCUCUACUACCUGCUCCGCUCUCCGUUCUACGACCGCUUCUCCGAGGCCAGGAUCCUCUUCCUGCUCCAGUUGCUGGCCGACCAUAUCCCUGGCGUUGGCCUGGUCACAAGGCCGCUCAUGGAUUACUUGCCCACCUGGCAGAAAAUCUACUUCUACAGUUGGGGCUGACAGACCUCCCGGAAGGAGGGUGUGGGGAGGGGCGGGGCAGGGGGCCCCCUUCCCUAAUAAAACUGACUCCAGCAGCGUCCCAGCGUGCGGACUUUCCGUGCCUACCGGCCAGGCCCUGCACACAGCCCUGGUCGCCACCAGCAUUCUUCCCAGGACCCCCUUCACUACGCCCUCCUGUGACGAUGCCACUGCAACCCGCACCUUGUCACUGCUGGGCCAAGAAGCCUUCACUAGGAGUGGAAUCGAGCCUCCUCUCCCACAGAAAGCGGUAACUUCACCUCAUGGAGCCCGGGAAGCCGCUUGCUUCGGCAACCACAGGAGCGAACACUGCUGCUCUCUCGCUGGCCCCUGGUGAGGGCAGGAAGGCUUAACCUGGGUGAUGACCAAACGCUGCCCAGCGUGUCUUAUGGCCGGGGCCUCUGCCUGCCCCUGCUCUGCAGGGUCGUGUGGCUCUGGCAGCCCAAGGCCAUGGUGUUGCCAGCCUCCCUAUGACAGAGCCUGGUGAACAGUGGGCCUGGCUCCCAUACAAGUAGCACUUUAAGCCCUGCAUCCUCGGUUGAGAGUAAAAGGCUUUUCUUCCUU